CUAAUAUAAACUUUGUUUAAACACGGAGUGAUGGGUCAUGGCUCGUGAGUUAAAUGACUGUUACCUCUCUCUCUCCAGAAGUAAAGGGAACAGAUAUUUUCUCUGCUAUAAAGCCUAUAUAUCUUCAAUUCUCAACUGACAUGCUUCCUCAACUCUCUCUCUUUUUGUAGAAAAUGAGCUUAAACCCCCUUCAAUAGAUCCAUAACGAAUCAGUCUCUGCCAAGUAAGAAGAGGUACACAGUAUUAAAAACUGUACCUAAAACAUGGCUUUGGGAAGAUAUUCCCGUGUUGAUGGGAGGAAGUCAUCCAAUUACUGUUCAACUGUUACUGUUGUCAUGUUUGUUGGUGUUUGUUUAGUUGGGGUUUGGAUGUUGAUGUCUUCAUCUGUUGUCCCUGUUCAGAACUCAGACUUGUCUUCUGAGGAGCCUAAAACUGAGGUGAAAGUAGCCGAGAAUGAUUCUAAGCAAUUUGAGGAUGGUUCAGGUGAUUUACCAGAGGAUGCAAUAAAAGAUGGUAACCCUGAAAAUUUUAGGGAUAAGAACAACUCUGAUAUCCAGGACAGUCAAAAUUUAGUUGAAAAAGAGUCUGAGAAUACUUCCGGGGGAAUGCAGGAAGAAGAGUUUGUGAAGGAAAAUGCUGAAGAGAAAAGUGAGCCUGAAGAGGAAUCCAAGAGAGAGGAUGAAAAUGAUAGAGAUGUAAAAAAGGAAAAUGAUGAAUCUAAUCCAAGAGAUGGGGAAUCAAAUUCAGGAGAUACAAAUACACAGGGCGGUGAAUCAAAUGGAAGUGAGCAGCAAGAAUCGGAGGACAGCUCAAGUGAGAAUAAAACAAAUUUGGAUGAUGGUGAGAAAAAAUCAGAUACAGAGGAUCCAAAGCAAGAAGAUGAAGUGGACAAGCAGAGCGACGAGAAUGUUGGAGAAAAUCAAGAUAAGAGUUCAGAAGAAAGCUCCGGUGAAAACAAGAUGGAAGACCAGGCAAAGGACCAUGCUGCAAAUGAGGUCUCCACUGCUGGGGCUCAGUCUGAGAUUUUGAAAGAAACUAACACUCAGAAUGGGGCUUGGUCAACUCAAGCAGCUGAGUCUGAGAAUGAGAAGGAAUCACAAAAAUCUUUAUUGUCCAAGGACCAAAGUGGCCAUAUGUGGAAACUUUGUAAUGUCACUGCUGGGCCAGACUAUAUUCCCUGUCUUGACAAUGUGCAAGCUAUUAGAAAGCUUACAAGUACAAGACACUAUGAACAUCGAGAAAGACACUGCCCAGAUGAAGCUCCAACUUGCCUUGUCCGUCUACCUGAAGGAUACAGACGCUCAAUUAGCUGGCCUAAAAGCAGGGAACAGAUAUGGUACUAUAAUGUUCCCCACACCAAGCUUGCAGAGGUUAAAGGUCAUCAAAAUUGGGUAAAAGCUGAUGGUGAUUACCUUACUUUUCCUGGUGGUGGGACUCAGUUUAAGCAUGGUGCCCUUCAUUACAUUGAUUUUAUCCAACAAUCUCUUCCUGAUAUUGCAUUGGGAAAAAGAACCCGUGCAAUACUGGACAUUGGGUGUGGGGUGGCCAGCUUUGGAGGAUAUCUUUUUGAAAGAGAUGUACUUGCAAUGUCAUUGGCUCCCAAGGAUGAGCAUGAAGCCCAAGUGCAAUUUGCUCUCGAAAGGGGCAUCCCUGCUAUAUCAGCUGUUAUGGGUACCAAGAGACUACCCUUUCCCAGUAAAGUCUUUGAUAUUGUUCAUUGUGCACGGUGCAGAGUCCCUUGGCACAUUGAAGGUGGUAAACUUCUAUUGGAGCUGAAUCGUCUCUUGCGACCUGGUGGUUACUUUGUGUGGUCUGCUACUCCGGUUUACCGAAAGGUGCCUGAAGAUGUUGGCAUUUGGGAAGCUAUGUCUAAACUAACAAAGGCAAUGUGCUGGGACCUGGUGGUGAUUAAUAAUGAUAAAUUGAAUGAAGUUGGUGUUGCAAUAUUCAAGAAACCAACCUCCAAUGACUGCUAUGAGAAAAGACCACAGAAUGAGCCUCAGAUGUGCAAAGAAUCUGAUGACCCAGAUGCCGCCUGGAAUGUACUACUUGAGGCAUGCCUGCACAAAGCUCCAGCUGAUGCAUUAGAGCGUGGGUCGCAGUGGCCAGAGCAAUGGCCGCUAAGGUUGAAAAAACCACCUUAUUGGUUGAAGAGUUCUCAGGUUGGAGUUUAUGGCAAAGCAGCUCCAGAAGACUUUGCUGCUGAUUUUAAGCACUGGAAACAUGUUGUGUCCAUGUCAUACUUAAAUGGUUUGGGAAUCAACUGGUCUUCAGUGAGGAAUGUCAUGGACAUGAGAGCUAUAUAUGGAGGAUUUGCUGCAGCACUGAAAGACCUGAAAGUGUGGGUUAUGAAUGUUGUUCCAAUUGAUUCACCAGACACACUUCCAAUAAUAUAUGAACGCGGCUUGUUUGGGAUAUACCAUGAUUGGUGUGAAUCAUUCAGCACUUACCCCCGAUCUUACGAUCUUAUACAUGCAGAUCAUAUCUUCUCUGAUACCAAGAAAAGGUGCAAGCUUGCUGCAGUGAUUGCAGAAGUUGAUAGGAUUCUAAGGCCAGAAGGGAAGCUGAUAGUGCGGGACAAUGUUGAGACCAUAGCGGAGGUGGAGAACAUGGCAAGGUCUCUGCAGUGGGAGAUCCGAUUGACGUAUUCAAAGGACAGUGAAGGAUUGUUGUGUGUUGAAAAGACAUUAUGGCGUCCCACAGAGGCAGAGACAAUUACUUCAGCCAUUGCAUGAUCGUAAUCUUUUAAUUACCAGCAUUGAAAAUUCAAUGCAGUUGCUAUUAGAUAUAUAUAUUUUUUGUUUUCUCCACCAGCUCUUAAGGAUGCAAUGGCAAUAGUUUCUCAUUACACUUUGUAUAAUUUAUAUUGGUCGAUUGUUCUUGUAAUACCUCUCAGUUUGGCCACCAUUUUUCCAUCUUUUAUUCCCUUCAAUUAUAGGGAUUUGGAAACCAGAGUUUUAACUGUAAAAUAACACUAUCGUAUUACAUGAAUCAAUGAAUGUUGUAUUCUAAAUUCUUAAAGAAAA